GUCUACCCUGUCUGGCCACCACAAGCAGUCGGCCAACAUGGCAGAUCAGGCACCGAGUAAAUCUGAUAUAACGACGAUUUUUAAACGACUCCGGUCAAUACCAGCGAACAAGGUGUGCUUUGAUUGCGGUGCCAAGAACCCAACGUGGGCUAGUGUCACCUAUGGCGUGUUCAUCUGCAUGGACUGCUCGGCAGUGCAUCGUUCCUUGGGGGUGCACUUGUCCUUUGUGCGAUCCACCCAGCUUGACACCAACUGGACCUGGCUGCAGCUGCGCGCCAUGCAAGUGGGUGGCAAUGCCAAUGCGGUGUCAUUCUUCCAGCAACACAGCUGUACCAGCUCAGAUGCGCAGCAGAAGUACAACAGCCGUGCUGCACAACUGUACCGAGAAAAGCUCCACCAGCAGGCUGCCACGGCGAUGCGCAUCUACGGGACCAAUCCUCUGAUGGAUCACCAUGAGAAUGCACCAGAAAGCCCCGACUCCAAGGAGGAGCAUGACUUCUUCCGAGAGCACGAGGAAGCCUUGGCGGCCCAGGCAAGCAGUGCCCAACAGCAGGUGUGCGAGCCGGGCGCCUUGUUCCAGCCACCACCAACUGAACCCAUCCAGGUGACUCCAUCCCUGGCUGGCUCGGCCCUCGUUGGCUCUUCAACGCCCUCAUCUUCUUCGGCCCGGAAGCCCCAGCGGAAGCCAGGAAAGGGCCUUGGAGCACAGAAGGUCAGCGCCAACUUUCAGGACAUUGAGCGUGAAGCACAGAAGGCAGAUGAGAUGCGUGCGGCCAGUGCGAGCCAAGCCAGUGCCAAUCAGGCAGCUUCGAGUGUGGAUGCAGAGGAGGCUGCAAGACAGCUUGCCUCGAUGCGGCUGGCUUACAGAGACCUGGACAAGGACAUACGCAACAAGCAGGUCGAUCCUCGCAAGGCACAGCAGAUGGAGCGACUAGGCAUGGGCCUGGGCGGUAGCGGCCGUGCCGCAGUAUCGCACUCGGCACUCGCAGACAUGCGCACCAUCGCACAAGAGACGCCUCAGACCGCUGGCGGAGACCGAUCAAGCCACGAUUUUCUGAGUGGCACAGGCUUCUUCUCUUCGGGUGGCUCGCGAGGUGGUGGCUACGGCAGCAGCGCUGGUGACAGCCUGUUCGAUGACGGGCCAUCCUCACGGCCAGUCCCGUCGUCACUUUCCUCCUGGGACACUGUCACCACUUCUCCAGACAGAGACGAAAGUUCUGGCCGCAGUCGGCAUGUGGUUCAACAAGGACCGGCAACCGAUGAAGCCCGCAAGAAGUUUGGAAAUGCCAAGGCAAUCUCAUCUGACCAGUUCUUUCAUGGCUCUGCAGACUCUGAUUUUGAGAAGAGGGCCCAGCUGGCACGCUUCGAAGGCUCAUCUUCCAUCUCUAGCGCCGACUACUUCGGUGGUGGACCAGGUUCGAGCAACAUGUCACACUCAAGCAGCAGUCUGUCGGGACCGAACCUGUAUGAGAUUCGAGAAGGAGUCCGAGACGGAGUCACUAAGGUGGCUUCAAGACUUUCCUCGCUUGCAAAUGGUGUCAUGAGCUCUCUGCAGAGAAAGUGAACCGUGCUCACGGAUCGUUACGGCUAUUGAAAAAGAGGCCUUUGGGACUGUUUCAUCUUCUUUUCUUUUUUUUUUUUCUGAUGAAGUUUGAAGAUGGUUCUGCAGUGGUCAUCAUGCCACUUCCCGUUGGUGCGUCUCUUGGGGCUGUCCACAGCGAAGGCCGUUAUUGAAAGUGCAAAUAAACAUGCCGUUUGUAGGUUUGUAA